AUGAUGGUUGCAAAGUUUUUUUGUAUACUUAUUUCAGCUUUUCAAGUAAAAGGCUUCUGCUCCGCUGGAAAAUGUGAAAAGAUCUCUUUUGAUGAGCAACAAGACGCCUAUCAUGACAAAGAGCUUGUCGGUCAUGUCUUCCACAACUCUGUCACUUCAAACUCACAGCAGUGUUAUCUGUGGUGUAUCAACGACUGUCGAUGUCUGUCGAUAAACUACAAGGUCAAGAACGACAUCAAAUACUGCGAGUUAAACGAAGGCAGCCAUUUUACCAACAAGAACUCUCUGAAAAACAUCCACGGAAGCGUUUACUACGUACUGCGGAGAGAAUACUCUACUAAGGUACCAAACUUUAUCAUGUAAUAAGGUAUUUUGAACGCGAAUGGUUUUCAGUCUUUAUCUUGGCAUAACAGUCCAUUCUUUCUUUUUUGAUUUGAUAUCGAGGAAGCUUCAACCUGACGAAAGAUAUUACAAAUAAUCAUUUCAAUUAGAGGCAUUAUUUUUCAAUGUAAUAUACUUCUUAACCCCGUCAAAAUUUUCUUUCCAAUGGAUAGUUAUGUCUUUCCCAAAAGUGUUUAAGAUAAAUUGUUUUCUUUUAAACUUAACGUAACUGCUGCCAACUGAAACUUUGGCAAACUUCAAUUGAUUAUUUGGAAAAACCAAAAGCUAAAUACUGUACUGAAAGAAAUAUAUAUUUUAUUUAUAUUAAGUCUGCAUUUCAAGUUCCUCUUUUAGUCGGGUAUUCGGAAGGUAGAGAGAUUUUCUCUUUCAAUUUCCUAUGAAAGGAGAUGGAUGUUUCGAAUUAUGGAAUAUGAAAAAAGAAUCGAAGUUAAAAACUUCAAAGAAUUUCAUAGAAUUUCGGAGACGAAAGAAAAAUUCAAUCCAAGAAUUAAUCCUGGCAGGUACAUUAGCUUCUCACCUGCGAGGAUCAUGUCUGUGAUUCCCCACACUUAAUUAAGGCAAUUGUUAACCACUAUAGUAAUAAACGAAAAAAGUUGAGUGAAGUACAUGUAAACACUUCAAAAUAAAGUUGAGUUUUUGUUACUCUCACACAAAACAAGGUAAGUUUUAAAAUAUUUUACUUUGUAAGUUUUACAACCCUUCAACUCACAUUUCUUGUGAGCUUUCACAGAUCAAAACUGUCAAUUUAUGUAUAGAUAUUCAGGAUUUGUCUCAAGACCUAAUUUUGUCGGGUAUUUAUCUUAGUGCGUAAAUAUUCGCUUUCUGCUUGUAUAUGCAAGAAAUUUUUGGAUGAAUAAGGAACAAUCGUACCAAAUUCCAGUUCUCAGACGGAACUAUCUGCAUUUUUAUUUUGAAGGUAGGUCAAAAAUUGCGUCGAUCGUAUGGAAAUCCCGACAAAAUUGUAGUAGAUAGUGUCGCGCCAUGCAGAAGAAAAUUUAUACUAGAAUGAUUUCGUUACUUUCAACUCCCGUUUAGUGCUACCAAUAACCGAAGUUUUACGGACAGAUAUAACAUAAUGACAAAGUCCAGUAUUAUCCUGUGGAUUUAUGAUUAGCAAUAUGAGAUUCCCUCUUUUAACUACGAUUUGUUGAUACAUUGCGUGACGGUGCAAAUGCGAAGCUGUCAAUUGUUUCUCGAAUAUUGCGCGUGUUAACUAUUCAAUGGUGACAUCUCAUUUACAUCUACAUCUACAUCUACCUUUAUCAAGUUGGUAUAUUCUGUACAGACAUCACACCAACCAACUCGCGCGCAAAGUGAGAAGACUAUAUGAAGGGCAAGGAAUAUUCUACAGUGGUACAAAUAAUCGUCAAAGAUGAUCACAGAAAAGCGAUUGUGUGACACUCGGUAACUUGUAGGAUGACAUGUUAUCACGUAUCAGACGAAAAAAUAGUAUAAAUUCUGAGUCUGCAUUUUGUACCCAGUCUGCAGUCUGCAUUUGUAUCUAGUCUGCAUUUUGUACCCGGUCUGCAGUCUGCAGUCUGCAUUUUGUACUGACCGGAUUGGUAUUGCUGUUUUUGUUCGAGCGAGCCUUAAGUUCAGACCAGAGUAUUGGACCUCGAAAAAAAAUUUAGUGCGACUAUCUUGGCCGCUGUGUGGACUGUAUGUUGAGGAGCUUCCGAGGAAAAGCGCAAUGAAAGAGCAAUGAUUACUUUACACCAACUGAAGACGAAUGCAAAUGCCGGCUUACCAAUAUGGCUGCCUCUGAUGCUAUUCCGCGUGGUCACAGCGUGUGUUGAAAUGAGCCCGCUACGGGUCCCCUAGGUGUGAACAUUUCAGCUUCUCGAUUUAAGUUACAUUUUUAGAACUUCGGAAAUAUAAUUUAGGGUUUUAUUUUUAUUGAACCAUACAAAUAUUUUAUUCCUUUCCACGUGAGUUUCUGAGCUUCAUCGAAAUUAAUUUUGACUUUUGCUAAGUGGGGAGGGGUAGCAUGCGCGACUACUUCCGUUCACGGUCCACAAUGUAACUUCCGUCAACGGAAUACAACUUCCACCCACGAUCGACAACUUCCGUCAACAUCUGCUUCAUCACAAUACCUCAUUCAUUGCUUUCAGCAUGAAAGAGGUAAAAACUAAUGCCUUCAAACCUCCUGCCAAAAAUUUUUUCACAUUUCACCGAUCAUGUUAAAACAGAAAAACUAAUUUGUAAAAGUAUAGUUUACGUACAGUGUUCUACGCUAGAAGCUCGAAUACUAUUAGCUAACAGUCGCAGUUACUUGCUGGUUUAUCCAGGUUUAUCGUAAACAAAUUCUACUCUGCUACUAGCGACUGAUUCCAAUAACUCCGCUGAUGAAUAAAAGUACACGGCAGUUACCUUUUUGUCGAACGCAAAUAUUUCAUCAGUCUCUGAAGUAGUGUGUAAAUGCCUGAAGCGCGUUGACUCGAACACAUUUUGACAGUUAAUUGUGCAAAGGAUUUCAUGGCUGAGAACCUCAGAUGCUCAAAUACACUCAGUUGCAAUAUGCGACAAGCCCUAACCUGCAAAAUGUUUACUUCGGUGACUCUUUACUCUGUCAAUCACGUAGGCCAUAAAUAUUUAUCACGGGAAACUGCGGGGAAAUAUUGGAACCACUCACAAAAUGCAGUUUCCCGUCGUUUAAAAGGUCACUUGCCACGAUAAAAAGAGUCCUGUGUAACCGCACACUAAGAGAGCUAGGGUGCUCACCAUUUAGUAAAAAAUCCGGAAAUGUCGGUUGAAUGUCAAAUGGAACUGACGUCAAAUGAACCAUCUCGCUCGGCUGGUUUGCUGAUUUUGGAAAAACUGUUACCUUUAUUUACCAGUCAUCUAAACCAGUUUAUUCUGUCAAAUGGUAAGCACUCAUAAUUUCCUCGAAACUAGACGUCCAAACAUGUUUCCCCUAACCGUUUUCUCGUCUGCAGCUUGGGAGUCAAUACAUGGAAUUUUUACUCGACAUUUAUCGCGAUAACAUGACAAAAUGCAUUACAUUUACUGUAAAGCCAAUCCAAACCGCAUCAACGUUUAUUUGAAACAAGUACGCAUUGUGAGCCUAUUUUUUAGCUUUGCGCUCGCGUUUUCAGCCCGUCAGAAGCGCCUAAUCUUUUUUUCAUAUACAUUUUAGGCUCCUACCAACAUUGUUCCUUGUGCUGAUGACUUUACGUGUACCAAUGGCUGCUGCAAGAACAAUCCGUGUCUUAAUAGAGGAACCUGUACUGAGAUCUGUCAACCCACAAGUGUUCGGUACAACUGUUCCUGUCCUGUACAGUUUGUAGGAAAACACUGCGAGAUUCAGCUAAAAGGAAGCUGUCAGGAUUACAAAGCGGCCGGGUCCACCGCCUCCGGAUUGUACAGAGUUAAUGAUAACAAUAAUCAAACCUUCCAGGUGUUCUGUGAUUUUGACUCAGAGCCUGGGUUCACUUGGAACCUGAUUGAGUCGUUUAGCCUAUCCAACAAAGAUCGUUUUCAGGUAUUUGCUUUCUCUUUAAAUCUUCUAUAAAUAUCUAAUAAAUGAGCGUAGGACGAAAGCGCAUUCAGCGGAAAGAUGUGAAAUACAUUCAAUAUCAUGUUGCUUCCAUGAGUUUUGUUUCAUAAGCGACAGUUUUGACGAUGAUCAUAACUUCCUCAUCAAUUCUACUUCCUCUACAGGAGAACAUCGUGUUUUACGAUGACUACCAAGCCAUCAGCGGUGAUGCCCCAAAUUGGCAGGCCUACCUCAUCAAACGACCCUACCUCCUUUGGCUCAGAGAUCACUCGACUCACUGGAGAGCUACUUGCCGAUACAACACAGAUGGCACCGUAUACACAGAUUACUUGAGAGCCUCGCUUGAAGACUUUGACAUCAUUAGAGACGUACCCUUGAAAGGAGACACUUGUCGACCUUACGAAUAUGUCAACAUCCGGGGAAAUGAGUGUGUGAAUUGCACUGCAUUUACAGGGUAUAAAAAAGGCAGUUAUCCUCUGCAUGUCGACUCUUAUUUUACCCAUCGGUCCUGCGAUUUCGACGCAAGCAAGUCGGCCAUAAAUGACGAGGACAACUUUGGAAUGUACAGUUCUACAAAUCCCAAAUUCCGUUGCACCUCAAACUCGGGUGAUACGACUCAGUUCUGGAUCGGAGGCAAAUAGUACGCUGACUAAACAACACAGUUUUGUGGCUCCAAUAAUGAUUUAUCAGUUGGUAUUUGAGAAUUAAUGAGACUGAGCGUAAAACUAAUGGACCAUCUGACAAAGCUGGUGUCAUUUUGCUAGUUUUUAAUGUGGAACUCACGUAGGAAUGAUUAGAUCCGUUGAUUAAAUGUAGUCUCAGGGGGGAUCAGUCGUUACCAACAGAGUAUAAAGGGAAGACUACAGCCAAUUAACUACCAAUGAGGGGGGUGAUUAGAUUUCUCUUUCGUGGGAUCAGGUAAAUUUUAUCGUGACACAACCAAAAUCCUCCCCCCCACCCAGCAAUAGAAAAGGACUUUCCCCAAUCCUGUGGUUUUAUAAAUACUAUUCCAGUAAAUUAAAUAUGCUUUAUUCUAAAUCCAGUUCAGCUAUAAUGUAUGGUAAUUGUUAUAAAUUAACCCAAUGCAAUAUUUCUAAUCUUUAGAAAUGAGAUAUAUAAUUAUCAUACAAGAUUUUCUUCUGCCGGCAAUUAUUAUGUAAAACAUUCAAGAUCUAACUAACAAAUUAAGUGGUUUUCAAGACUAGGGACCAAAAUAUGACACAACAUCCCUCAAGAACUACGAAAAGUAUCAAAGUAAUGUAUGUAUUUAUGAAAAAUAUUUCAAAUCAACUUUUUCAAGUUUUAAUGGAAGAGGACGAAUACGUUGGCUUACAAAACAAAUGAACGUAUUAAGUAACUUUAUUUAACCACCCUUCCAUAGCCGUUAACAUCAAUAAUUUAAUGUAUAUAUAUUAUCUGCUUAUUUAUAGGUCCUAUCAAUGAUGCAAUAGUCACUACUAGAUUUACUCUGUAAGUUUAACAGUCUUACUACCCGCCUAAACUAGCUUUAAAUUUGCUUUUUUAAUUGAGGGCUAGUAUUGUUUUGUAUCUAAUACUUCGUUGGAGCUGGUGCAUCAAAGGCUAUUCCUGUGUGCUUGCUUGCUGUUUUUCUUGUUUUACUGUCAACACGAGUGGGUGAAUUAGAAGACUCUGCCUUCUGUUCACAAACAGCCCUUUUUCUCUGGUCAGACAGACCUCAACACAUUUUACGAGCUAACCAUCACUGAACUUGAUGGGAUUACUCUCCAGAAUUACCAAGCUGGUAAUGGUUUUGUCAAAUUUUCACUAGCAAAGAUCAAAAUUCAAGCAUUCAACGAUACUGCGAAGAAACACAUGUCCAACGCCAAAUGUCAGUCUCGAUUGAUGCUUCUCCUUUCCAUAGCGGCGUCUGUCUACAACUGCUACUUUGUGGCAGCUUGUUGACUGACCGGGUCAACGUCAGACAAAUAAAAUCUUAUGCAGAUGAUAGUUAAACUGUAGUUAUCACGGUUAUCAUACCAUUCCUACUGUGUUACAUUGAAAACUUAAGUUAUUUGGAAACACAACCUGAGAAAACGCUCGUGAGUUUUCAGAACUGAAUUUGUCAAUAACAUCCGGAAACAAUUAGAUAUAUUUCAGCCCUUGUUUAGGAGAAUCUAGUGGAUUGGUCAAAUUUUAUUUCUUGAUAUCAUCCAACAAGAAAAUUGCGUGACAACACACCUAAGUGUUGACCUCUUAGACUUACAACAAAUUAUGUGAUGAGUCAUAAUAAGUGGGGCUGGUUUGCAUGGAUAUAUAUCUGGAAAGAGUGGGUUUAAAGCUUACGGAAUUAUGGAGCCUUUAAGUGUUUUUCGAGUGAGUGGUAGGGGGGAGAGGCGGAGAUAGGGAGCUGCCUCGGUCUGAGUAUAUGUCGAGGGGAAUGUAGAGCUUAUUAAGUUACUCAUUUUCGUGUCGGCUGUCAUGCUAAGUUUUUAAAUGUAACCUUUCUCUCUGAAAAUAUGUCAAAUAACUGGUAUUCAUAUUCCUUUCCACUGUUAUCAUAUCAUGCGUUUUCUGGAAUCCGAUUCCAACCGAAAAAUGUAAGCCCACAGGUUCCCAUGACAGUUUGAAUAAUUCCUGAGAUCGGUUGGCUCGAGUUACAAUUUUCCCAGAAAGACCUAGAUAACUAAUCAUUGUUUUUCUUCGCUAUAAAUUGUGAUUCUCUCAAAGUCUUCUUAGAAUUUGUCAUCAUUUGUUCACUUUCUUCAGUUUUGUGGAACAAUCAAUUGUCAUCGCUGCCGAGACAGAAGAGAACUAAAUUGGCUCCUCUUUACGGAUAGAAUCGUUACACGAUGAGAUUUUCAUGGCUCAGGAACGUUUCUUAUCGGUGCGACAAUGUCUGUGUCACCUGCGGCAGAACUUCUACGCUACAGGCAAACCAGAAUAGACAGUGUUGGCCGUAAAGAGAAUACUCCUUACGCCUCUGUGCAUCGUUUCACGAAUAUCUUCAUCACAGAGAGCAGGCGCUUCAUGCCUAAAGCAGACCUAGCUAUUUACCGCGGUGUACCUUUGUGGUUUUCAAUUAUUGGCUGUGACUAAAAGUAGGACUGAGACGUGGGGACUGAGACUCGGGGACGUGGGACUCGGGGACGUGGGACUCGGGGACGUGGGACUCGGGGACGUGGGACGCAGGGACUUGAAGACGUGGGAAUCGGAGACGUGGGAAUCGGAGACGUGGGAAUCGGAGACGUGGGAAUCGGAGACGUGGGAAUCGGAGACGUGGGAAUCGGAGACGUGGGAAUCGGAGAUGUGGGACUCGGAGACGUGGGACUCGGAGACGUGGGACUCGGAGACGUGGGACGCGGGGACUCGGGGACGCGUGGAGACUCGGGAACGUGAUAAACAGGUUGUAAUAUGCUGGAGAGCUUGUCAGUAGUAGCCGAUGAUUUUUAGCGUCCAUGACUCGGCCGGAUAUUUGCUUGCCUGUUUGACCGUGAGAACUCUGGGUACAAUGGUUUCAACGCAGGGGGUUUUAAACAUUGUGGGCAGCCAUGGAGGACUUUCCUGGUAAGUAACUGUGUUUUAUUCCUUAUUUUUUUUUUAGCAAGGAUAGACCACGGAUCGAGAAGAAAACACAGGUACUUACUAGGAAAGUCCUCCAUAGCUGCCCACGAUGUUUUUAACAGUUUCAAGACCCCCUGCGUUGAAACUGCUCUGUACCCAGAGUUCUCACGGUCAAAUAGGCAAGCAAACAUGUCCGGCCGAACCAUGGACGCUGAAAACCAUCGGCUUCUACUAAUAAGCUCUCCAGCAUAUGAUAGCUGUCUCGAGACCACCGAAAAUUGUACUCUACAAAUUCAGCGCAAAUAUCAGGUGUUGUUUGUUUAUCACGUCCCUGAGUCCCCGUGUCCACGUCCCCGAGUCCCACGUCCCCGAGUUCCACGUCUCUAGUCCCGCGUCCCCGAGUUCCACGUCUCCGAGUCUCACGUCUCCGAGUCCCACGUCCCCGAGUCCCACGUCCCCGAGUCCACGUCCGCGAGUCCACGUCCGCGAGUCCACGUCCGCGAGUCCACGUCCGCGAGUCCACGUCACUGAGUCCCACGUCCUCGAUUCUUACUCUCAGUCCCCACGUCCCCGUCUCAUUUUUAGUCACAGCCUCAAUUUUUGUUGCUGUGUGGAGUUUUGGUGGCGCUGGUUCGUUUCCUUACGCCGUAGUUUUCCUGAUAUUUGGUUUUCCAUUUUUCCACUUGCAAAACGAACUGUUGAACAGAAAAUCUCUUCCACUUGUCAAGAAACAGCCGUUGCCUAUUUAUCGCGGUGUACAACACUAUCUUCACUUUUUUGUAUUCUUUUAGAAUCAUGAAAGAUUGAAUCAACCACGAAGAGCGCACUGUUGUCUCUGAUGAUAGCUAUGCGGUCGAGGACAUAAACUUACGGCGAGCACUCUGAUGGCUGUAACAUUACAAUCAUCAACAACCAUCUGCUUGCUUUUUAGCAAACUGAACCAAAGAUAGGAACAUUUGUUUUAAUUUGCUGGUUUCAGUAGAAUUAAUCGUAUCGAAAACCUUCUGUCUUUCUGUGAAAACUGUAGACCAAACUUGCCUAUUUAUGCCACAACAGACAACGCUUUAAAAUCUUGCAGCUUAAAGAGGAAAUACUAUUAUAAACUGUCAAAGUUAACUCAACGAGAGUCAUCGAACAAGUCAUGUUCUGAAAUUGAAUUUAAUCUUUAUGUAGCAAGUACAACAUGAAGCUUUCUAAGCCUUCUUCAUGAUAUCAGUGUUAAAUAUAUACAUGUUGCCUGUAUAAUUUCGUCGUUCGGCAUUGACUUAAACAGUGUUAGUGAGAGUAUUUUGUUGACUUAGUUAUUUGAGACAUUAUCUUCAUCAAUAAAUAGUUAUGUUAAAUUUUCCUUUACUUGUGAUACUAAAUCAUACAAACAUGAAGUUGGCAGCAAGGCGAACGAAGAUUGAAGGCUAUUUCAUCUGUCGCAUAUUAUAUGCGUCGCUACUCUAUUUGCUGCAAUUUGUCUGCAAAAUCGGAAGAUUUUUUCGGGAUAUGGCAAGUAAGCAUACUAAGGGUUGUUUCUACACCCAAAUAGAACGUGCUCUGAAUUUAAACAACUACUGUCAAAGGUGAGUAAUUUAGUGUUAACAACUGGGUUGAAAACGUAAAUUAGCCACCGUAAAGGGUAAAAAAGCUGACGUUUCGAGCGUUAGCCCUUCGUCAGAGCGAUUAGAGGAAUUGUGGGUUGUGUGUGGAUUUAUAUGUAGAAAGUGGAAUGAAAAUUAGUUGAAUGAAAAGCGCUCGUUGAUUCCGUGGGGAUUAGGAUUCAUUCAACUAAUUUAUUCCUGUUUUCUCGUCACCAUAUUCCCACCAAUGGCGUAGCUCCACUUUCUACAUAUAAAUCCACACACAACCCACAAUUCCUCUAAUCGCUCUAGUUGUCCUGCAUUGAAACUGUGUUUAAUCACUGAUAUAAAUAUGGAAAUGAUUUCAGAAUAUGUGAUAUUGUUCUGCAUAUUCCUGCUUGGAGAUUUUAAGAGUAGCUUGCUUGCUCUAAUGGAAGAUUUAUUAUUGAAACGGCUUAAUUCUGCUCACAAAUUAACUGACACGGAACUUGCACGGUAAAGGCUAUUGUCAAGAUAUCAAUAAUUAAAAAAUACAUCCGGUUUUGUCCGUCUGCAUUUGACUACCAAAGAGAGAAGGCGAUAUCUUGAAUAAAUAAUCAGCUCAAGAAGGACAUAUGAGAAACAUAUUUCGCUCGAGUUGCUAGAUCACCACAAUGCGUUAGAUUUAGGCUUAGACACUACCUGCAAAAACCCAGAAAAACUAGCCCAGGUUAUCUCACAUGUGUUUUAAACAACAUGUUCACAGUUUCGAAAGGAAGAGUUUUGAAGUUAUAUCUUUAUGCGUGGGAGGGGGUCUUAAGUAGAACAUCUGCAUCAUGUUACUUGUGCGUCAUAAUUGGACACAUCCAUUUUAUCACUUGUUUUUAUUACUUUUCCGAGCCUUGAAUAUUUAUAUUGUGAAGUUAUUUUUUGUGACUCAGUUGAUUGGUAUCUUGCACGUUGAUUGACACAUAGGGAUGGGCGAUAUCUUAACUUAGUAAUCUGCUCAAGAAUGACAUUAUGAGAAACAUCGUUCCCCAGGUGGGGUGUGAAAACGAUAAGAAUGAUGGUUGCAAAGUUUUUUUGUAUACUUAUUUCAGCUUUUCAAGUAAAGGGCUUCUGCUCCACUGGAAAAUGUGAAAAGAUCUCUUUUAAUGAGCAACAAGACGCCUAUCAUGACAAAGAGCUUGUCGGCCAUGUCUUUCACAAUUCUGUGAGUUCAAACUCACAGCAGUGCUAUCUGAAGUGUAUCAACGACUGUCGAUGUCUGUCGAUAAACUACAAGGUCAAGAACGACAUCAAAUACUGCGAGUUGAACGAAGGCAGCCAUUUUACAAACAAGGACUCUCUGAAAAACAUCCACGGAAGCGUUUACUACGUACUGCGGAGAGAAUACUCCACUAAGGUACCAAACUCUAUCAUGUAAUAAGGUAUUUGAACGCGAAUAGUUUUCAGUCUUCAUCCUGGUAUAACAGUCCAUUCUCUCUUUUUUGAUUUGACAUCGAGGAAGCUUCUACCUGACGAUAGAUAGUACAAAUAAUUAUUUCAAUUAGAGGCAUUAUUUUGCAAUGUAAUAUGCUUCGUAACCCCGUCAAAAAUUUUCUUUCUAAUGGAUGGUAAUGUCUUUCCAAAAAGUGUUUAAGAUUAAUUUUUUUCUUUAAAACUUAACGUGCCUGCUGCCAAUGAGACUAUCAAUUUAAAAUGAUUAUUGGGAAAAACCAAAAACUAAAAACUGAACUGACAGAAAUAUAUAUUUUAUUUAUAUUAAGUCUGCAUUUCAAGUUCCUCUUUUAUUUGGGUAUUCGGAAGGUAGAGAGAUUUUCUCUUUUAAAUUCCUAUGAAAGGAGAUGGGCGUAUCGAAUGAUGGAAUAUGAAAAUGGAGUCGAAGGUAAAAACUUCAAAGAAUUUCAUAGAAUUUCGGAGACGAAAGAAAAAUUCAUUCAAGAAUUAAUCCUGGCAGGUACAUUAGCUUCUCACCUGCGAGGAUCAUGUUUGUGUGGGAUUUCCCCACACUUAAUUAAGGCAAUUGUUAACCACUACAGUAAUAAACGAAGAAAGUUGAGUGGAGUACAUGUAAACACUUCGAAUUCGAGUUUUUGCUGCUCUCACAUAAAACUAGUUAAGUUUUAAAAUAUGUUACUUAGUAAGUUUUACAACCCUUCAACUUACAUUUCUUGUGAACUUUCACAGAUCAAACUGUCAAUUUAUGUCUAGUUAUUCAGGAUUUGUCGUAGUUCUUCGUUUUGGAGGUUCGAAGGGAGCAAUUAGGUCUUAAGACCUAAUUUUGAGCCACGCGCUGUCGGGUAUUUAUCUUAGUGCGUAAAUAUCCGCUUUCUGUUUGUAUAUGCAAGAAAUUCUUGGAUGAAUAAGGAACAAUCGUACCAAAUUCCAGUUUUCAGACGGAACUGUCUGCACUUGCAUAUUAAAAGUAUGUCAAAAAUUGCGUCGAUCCUAUGGAAAUCCAAAAUUUGCGCAAAAAUAAAAUUAUAGUAGAUGGUGUCGCGCCAUGCAGAAGAAAAUUUAUACUUGAAUAAUUUCAUUACUUUCAACUCCCGUUUACUGCUACUAAUAACCGAAGUUUUACGGACAGAUAUAACAUAAUGACAAAGUCCAGUAUUAUCCUGUGGAUUUACGAUUAGCAAUCUGAAGUUCCCUCUUUUAACUACGAUUUGUUGAUACAUUGCGUAACGGUGCCAGUGCAAAGCUGUCAAUUGUUUCUCGAAUAUUGUGUUAAAUAUUCAAUAGUGACAUCUCAUUUACAUCUACAUCUACAUCUACUUUUAUUAAGUUGGUAUAUUCUGUACAGACAUCACACCAACCAACUUGCGCGCAAAGUGAGAAGACUAUAUGAAGGCUUAAGAACGAUUGUGAUCAAGAAACGGGCAAGGAACAUUCCACAGUAGGGCAAAUAAUGGGAGUUAUUACAUCACGGGCGACGAGCGGGGAAAGAAGAAAUGAGCGAAAUACGAGUGGUCAGUAGGGAAACAACGUUAGUACUUCAUAUAGAGACAUAUCAGUUGUAGUUGCGGAAAACAAUGGCGUUGUGAAGCCGAAAUGUCAACGGUAAACUUCGCUGAAUAAAAUGUUAAGCAAUUUUUCAAAAGUGUUGAUUGCACAAAUAUCUGUUACUGCUGUAAUAAACAAUGGAGGCAUUGGAAAGGGCACCGGUGGCAUCGGGAAGGGCAUCAAGAAGAAUCAUAUUUACGUUUUGUAACUUACUGCGUGACGUGCGUGGCGAAAAAAGAAAACCAAAACCGUGGUCCCCAAAUGAAUUCUCCCACCUUUCCCCUAAAAAGUUUAAAAUUUUUCGCAACUUCGCCUGUUCCUGUGCGUAGGUCUGGCCAAGCCUUUAUGGUCAUUGGCUCCCGUAUAGCCGCUAACUAUGGCUUAUAAAUACAGGCGUUUAGUGUUACUUGUAAAACUCUCGAAGAAGUCUACGACAGUUAGACGAAAAGCGUCGGAGAAUAGAGAAGUUUUACAACUACUGUUCGCAGAGUGCUGCUCACCAGUUUAGUUUUAAAUACAAUUUUAAAAAAGUGAGUUGCGAUAGCUGAGGCCAGUUUUUCCAUGCAAGUCGUCUGGAUAUACCUUUCGCGGAGACGCCUACACAACAUUAUUUAAACUUAUGGAACUCUUUAACUAAUUUUUUUAUGUCAGCUUCCAGUUUGAAUUCCUUCAGAACUCGAUUACUGAAUUAUCCCUGUACAUAGUUUUGUUUUGUUAUCUGGAAAUGAGAUUUAUUCAGAUAUUACUUUUUGUUCAUUGUUUAGUUGUUUCUCUAGCUUCUUUCUUAUACAACGUUUAGUUAUUUAUAUUAGCCUUGGAGAGAAGUUUUUAUAUGGGAAUUCAGUUUCCCCCAUAUUGCUUUCCUUUACCCACUGUACUUUCAUAUGGUAAUUAAGAUUUAAUGAAAAUUACUUGGUUAUUAUUAGUUAUUAAUUAUUGUUGUGAUUUUUACUAGUAGUUAUUCUAUUAGUAGGAUUUUGUACAGUGGUAAAAAGUAUUAUUAAACUUGUUAAACUUUCACCUGCCGUUCGGUUCGGACGUUAAGUUUUCAUCCCGAGUGUAUUUGUUAAAUUGAAUAGGAAAAAAAACACUUCUAACGGAAAACAGAAUUAUUUUAACGUCUGGAUCUUUUAUAAAAAGGUUUCCUAAACGAGUGGCCUUGAUUAUAAAUAUUUAAGCAUGGCAAACGCAUUAGCCUCAACUUGGCUGUUUCUCGAAGCUCAGUGUUUUCCUACUCGCCUUUUUCCACGUGAAAUUUGGCGAUCGAAUUUACAUAAUAAACACUAAAAGAACUACAGCUAAUGGAAAUUUUGAAUUUCUUAUCUUAGGCUGUGGAUACAAACUUAUUAAUGACUCAAAAAAUAUACAAAUCGAGAACAAAAUUUUUGUAGAGUUGCUUGGCUUUUCAUUUUUCCGGAAUCGAAAGUCGAUAUUACAAAAUUCAAGUGAAAAUCAAGCCAACUGUGAUUAAUGCCUUAAACAAGGCAAGAUACUUUUUUUUCGUCAUACAACAAGUUACAUAUCGUAAAUAUCAUUCUUCUUGAUGCCUUUCCCGAUGCCUCCUUUCGCUAAUAUAGCAGCAAAAAUAUUGUUCCAGUCAAAGCGUUUGGAAAAUUGCCGAACUUUUUAAUUAGCGAAGUAUAACUUGGUAACAUUUUGGCUUUACAGCACGAUUGUUUUCUGCAUGUUACAAAACGUAAAUAUGAUUCUUCUUGGUGCUUUUCCGAAUACCACCGAUGCCUUUUCCGAUGCCUCCAUUGUUUAUUACAGCAGUAAAAGAUAUAUGGACAAUCAACACUUUUGAAGAAUUGCUUAACAUUUUAUUUAACGAAGUUUACUGUUAACAUUUUGGCUUUACAAACCCUAUUGUUUUCUGCAACUACAACUGAUAUGUCUCUAUAUGAAGUAUUAAAGUUGUUUCCCCGCUGACCACUUGUAUUUCGGUCAUUUCUUCUUCCCCUGCUCCUCGCCCGUGAUAUAGUAACUCCCGCAAAUAAUCGUGAAAGAUGAUAACGGAAAAGCGAUUGCGUGACGCUCGGUAAGUUGUAAGAUGGCAUGUCAUCACGUAUCAGACGAAAAAACAGUAUAAAUUCUGAGUCUGCACUUUGUACCCAGUCUGCAGUCUGCAUUUGUACCUAGUCUGCAUUUUGUACCCGGUGUGCAGUCUGCAGUCUGCAUUUUGUACUGACCGGAUUGGUAUUGUUGUUUUUGUUCGAGCUAACAUUAAGUCCGGACCAAAAUAUUGGAGCUCGAAAAAAAAAUUUAGUGAGACUAUCUUGGCCGCUAUGAUUGAUGUGUGGACUUUAUGUUGUAGAGCUCCCGAGGAAAAGCACAAUGAUAGAGCAAUGAUAGCUUUUUACCAACUGAAGACGAAUGCAAAUGCGCGGCUUACCAAUAUGGCUGCGUCUGAUGCCCUUCCGCGUGGUCACAGCGUCUGCUGAAAUGAACCCGCUACGGAUCCCUUAGGUGUGAACAUUUCCGCUUCCCGAUUUGAGUUACACUUUUAGAACUUCGGAAAUGUGAUUUGAGGUUAUUAUUUUUAUUAAACCAUACAAACAUUUUAUUUCUUUCCACGUGAGUUUCUGAGCUUCAUCGAAAUUAAUUUUGACUUUUACUAAGGGGGGAGGGGUAGCAUGCGAGAUUACUUCCGUUCACGGUCCACAAUGGAACUUCCAUCAACGGAAUACAACUUCCGUCCACAGUCGACAACUUCCGUCAACAUCUGCUCCACCACAAUACCUCAUUCAUUGCUUUCAGCAUGAAUGAGCUAAAAACUAAUGCCUUCAAACUUCCUGCCAAAAAUUUUCACAUUUCACUGGUCAUGUUAAACAGAAAAGCUAAUUUGUUAAAGUAUAGUUUACGUACAGUGUUCUACGCUGGAAGCACGCCUAAUAACUAACAUUUGCAGUUGCUUGCUGGUUUAUCCAGGUUUAUCGUAAAUAAAUUCUUCUCUGCUACUGGUGACUGAUUCCAAUAUUUCCGCUGGUGAAUAAAAGAAGACGGCAUUUACUUUUUUGUCGAACGCAAAUAUUUCACAAGUCUCUGAAGUAGUGUGUUCAAGCCUGAAGCGCGUUGACUCGAACACAUUUUGACAGUUAAUUGUGCAAAGGAUUUAAUGGCUGAGAAUCUCAGAUGCUCAAAUGCACUCAAUUGUAACAUGCGACAAGCCCUAACCUGCAAAAUGUUUACUUCAGUGACUCUUUACUCUGUCAAUCACCUUACCAUGAAUAUUUAUCACUGGAAAUUUACUGCAGGGAAAUAUUGGAACCACUCACUAAAUGCAGUUUCCCGUUGUAAAAGGGUCACUUACCACGAUAUAAAGAGUCCCGUUGAUUUGACUGAAAACCCACACAAGUACGAAUUGCGAGCCUAAUUUUUAGCUUUGCACUCACGUUACAAGAGAAUACACUCGUUUUCUGCCAGUCAGAAACGCCUAAUUCUUUUUUCCCUAUACAUUUUUAGGCUCCUACCAACAUUGUUCCUUGUGCUGAUGACUUCACGUGUACCAAUGGCUGCUGCAAGAACAAUCCGUGUCUUAAUGGAGGAACCUGUGCUGAGAUCUGUCAACCCACAAGUGUUCGGUACAACUGUUCCUGUCCUGUACCGUUUGUUGGAAAACGAUGCGAGAUUCAGCAGAAAAGAAGCUGUCAGGAUUUCAAAGCAGCCGGGUCCACCGCCUCCGGAUUGUACACAGUUAACGAUGACAAUAAUCAAACCUUCCAGGUGUUCUGUGAUUUUGACUCAGAGCCUGGGUUCGCUUGGAACCUGAUUGAGUCCUUUAGUUUAUCCAACAAAGAUCGUUUUCAGGUAUAUGAUUUCUCUUUAAAUCUUUUAUAAAUACAUAUUAGACGAGCGUAGGACGAAAGCUUCCUCAGUGGAAAAAUGUGAAAUACAUUCAGUCUCAUGUUGCUUCCAUGAGUUUUGUUUCAUAAGCGACAGUUUUGACAACGAUCGUAACUUCCUCACCAAUUCUACUUCCUCUACAGAAGGACAUCGUGUUUUACGAUGACUACCCAGCCAUCAGCGGUGAUGCCCCAAAUUGGCAGGCCUACCUCAUCAAACGACCCUACCUCCUUUGGCUAAGAAGUCACUCGACUCACUGGAGAGCUACUUGCCGAUACAACACAGAUGGCACCGUAUACACAGAUUACCUGAGAGCCUCGCUUGAAGACUUUGACAUCAUUAAAGACGAACCCACGGUGGAAGUCACCUGUCGACCUUACGAAUAUAUCAACAUCCGGGGAAAUGAGUGUGUGAAUUGCACUGCAUUUACAGGGUAUAAAAAAGGCAAUUAUCCUCUGCAUGUCGAGUCUUAUUUUAACCCUCUGUCCUGCGAUUUCGACGCAAGCAAGACGGCCGUAGUAAGCGAGGACAACUUUGGAAUGUACAGUUCUACAAAUCCCAAAUUCCGUUGUACCUCAAACUCGAGUGAUACGACUCAGUUCUGGAUCGGAGGCAAAUAA